ACGAUCUCUGUUUCUUCAUUCAUGGCGUUUUUCCUCAACUCUGCCGCUCUCCUUUUCUCCACAAUUCUCCGACAUGAAUUUCAGUCCCACCAUAGAAUCAAACCUAGUCCUCCUUCUCACUUCUUGUGCGAAAGAAAGCAAUUUUCGUAUGCGUUCUUGUCUCCACGCAUCUAUUAUCAAGAGCCCACCUCUCGUAUUUCUUGGUUACCCACUUGGUCGUCGAAGCGCUAACCUAAUUUACAACUGUUUGCUCAAUACGUACUGUAAGAGCGGCGAGCUAGAGAGUGCAGUUAAGCUGUUCGACGAUUUGCCCCUGAAGGAUACCGUCUCAUGGAACUCACUCAUCUCGGGUUUCUUGAAACGCGGGAACUUCCAACUGGGGUUCGGGUAUUUCAAAUCGAUGUUGAGUUCCGGUAUCUGUAGUUUUGAUCAAGCGAGCUUAACUUCGAUGCUAUCGGCUUGUGGUGGAAUGGAGUCGCUUGAAAUCGUGAAGAUGAUGCACGGAUUGGCGGUUUUAAGUGGUUAUGUCGACGAAGUGACCGUUGGGAAUGCCUUGACGACAUCCUAUUUUGGAUGUCGCUCUUUCGAUUCGGGUAUGCGCGUUUUUCACGAGAUGGUGGAUAAGAAUGUCGUUUCUUGGACGGCUGCAAUUUCGGGUCUAGCGCAAAAUGAUUUCUACGGUGAAAGCUUGAAUCUUUUUGUCGAAAUGCACGGAGGCGGUAUGGUGACUCCCAAUUGUUUGACAUAUUUGAGUGCACUCUCAGCAUGCUCGGGACUUCAAGCACUCAAAGAGGGUGCUCAAAUUCAUGGUCUUGUUUGCAAGUUAGGGAUUCAAUCAGAUUUAUGCAUCGAAAGUGCGUUGAUGGAUAUGUAUUCGAAAUGCGGUAGUGUGGAGGAUGCUUGGCAGAUAUUCGAGUACGCGAAGGUGUUCGAUGAGGUUUCUGUAACUGUCAUUCUCAUGGGUUUAGCGCAAAACGGAUUCGAAGAAGAGGCUGUACAGUUGUUCGUGAAGAUGGUAAAGGCGGGAAACAAUGUGGACCCGAACAUGAUCUCUGCCGUUCUUGGUGUAUUCCCCUUCGAUACUACUUCGCAGGGUCUAGGUGUACAAAUUCAUUCUUUUGUUAUCAAGAAAGGCUUUGCGUCUAAUGUCUUUGUCAGCAAUGGAUUAAUCAACGUAUACUCUAAAUGCGGUGAGUUGGAACAAUCCGUUAAACUCUUUAAUCAGAUGCUUCGGAAAAAUCACGUUUCUUGGAAUUCAAUGAUUGCAGCUUUUGCCCGUAAUGGAGAUGGGUCGAAAGCGCUUGAAUUCUACGAAGAAAUGAAGUUGAAUGGUGUGGGGCCCACGGAUGUUACGUUUCUAUCUUUGCUUCAUGCAUGUAGUCAUGUAGGAUUACCACACAAGGGUAUGGAGUUUCUAGACUGUAUGAAGAAAUCGUACGGAAUGGUACCAAGAAUGGAGCACUAUGCAUGUAUAGUAGACAUGCUAGGUCGAGCAGGGCUAGUGAAAGAAGCAAAGGAUUUUAUCGAGGUACUACCGGUGAAGCCCGAUGUACUCGUCUGGCAAUCGUUACUCGGUGCUUGUAGUAUUUACGGUGAUAUUGAAACGGGACAGUACGCGGCUGACCGGCUAGCUCAGUGUGCACCUGAUAGUCCAGUAUCGUUUGUUUCCAUGGCUAAUAUUUACUCUUCUAAAGGGAGGUGGAAAGAGCGGGCGAAAACAAUCAAGAAAAUGAAGGAGAACGGAAUCGCGAAAGAGACGGGAAUAAGUUGGAUUGAGAUUGAGAAAAAGAUUCACAGUUUUGUCGUUGCCGAUAAACGCUAUGCACGAGGUGGCGAUAUUUAUGGUGUACUGAUGGAGCUGUUUGGACAUAUGAGAGACGAAGGCUUAUGUUGUGGACAUUUGAUUUGCUUUUGAGGCUACAUAAUAAUGUAUGUGGCCAGUGGCGGAGCCAACAUAGGGGGCCAGAGGGGACCAUGGCCCCCCUACAGUUCUCGAAUCCCUAUAGUUUUAUGUAAGGAUCUAAAAAGAUCGUGUACAAGUAGCAUUAUCGCCCCCCUCUCAUAAUUUUUUUAAUGCAUUCGGCCGCCGCAAACUUAAAAUCUUGGCUCCGCUAGUGUCUGUGACGGUAAUUAGAUACGGUCAGAUGGAUGAAUGGAUUGCAACGAAAGUGUGGAAGUAACGAGCAGUUUGCCGCAGAUAAUAAUGUUGAUACAGCUUUGGAAAACGAUCUGCAACUCGAAUCAUUAUUUCGAAAGUUAUACCACCUGUUAGAAUUUUACGAAAAAAGACUUGCACAAAUUUGGGGAGGGCCCGAACGAACAUCUGGAUG